CUAUUUAUUCCCCUUGGGGGUCUCCAACCUUAAGUUGACGAACCUCAACGCAGCGCCACACCUCCAUAAUAGCCCACAAUGACAGCAACUUGCCCCCCUCAGAAAACCGUCCUCGUGACCGGCUGCAGCGACGGCGGCCUCGGCGCCGCGCUAGCGCUGGCGUUUGCGCGCCAGAACUUCCGCGUCUUCGCCACGGCGCGCGACCCCGCCAGGGUAGCAACGGCAAGCAGCCACGCCAACAUCGAGGUGCUGCGGCUUGACGUAACGUCGGCUGAGUCCAUCGCCGCAUGCGCCGCAGAGGUGUCCGGCAGGACGGGCGGCCGCGGGCUCGACGUGGUCGUCAAUAAUGCGGGCGCCAUUUUCGUGCUGCCGCUGCUCGACACGGCCGUGGCUGAUGCCAGGCGGCUGUUCGAGGUCAAUGUCUGGGGCAUGUUGGCGGUCACCCAGGCGUUCGCGCCGCUGCUCAUCACGGCCAAGGGGACCGUGUUGAAUAUCUCGUCGCUGGCGGGCGCGGCGAAGAUGGCGUGGCAGGGCGCAUACAACAGCUCCAAAGCCGCCAUGACAUUCCUUUCGGAGACGCUGCGCAUCGAGCUGCGGCCGCUGGGCGUGCGGGUGGUGACGGCCAUGGUGGGCGAGGUCGAGACGACGCUGUACGCCGGCGCGGCGGCGGUCGGAUCCUUCUCUCUGCCCGCGGGCUCGCGCUACAGGCAGAUCGAGGCCGUCAUUGGCAGGCAGGCCCGGGGCGAGCUGCAGGCGAGCAACGAGCGCGCAGAGGUCACGGCCGGCAACAUUGUCAGGGACGUGCUCUCGGGAACAAACGGACCGAUUUGGCGCGGCGGCGUCGCUGGCUUCGCCAAGUACGCGACGUGGCUGAUGCCGGCGAGGCUGUUUGAGUGGAUCUUGCACAAAGAUCGGGGUGUUUAUGAUCUGAACCAAGGCUAGAGACGUUGCAGCAGGAAUGCCUGUGUUUUGCGAGACGGAGCGGGAAUAGUCUAGGUUAUGAAAUUUACCGAGCGGAGGAUUUUGUCCUACAGUCCCCGCAAUGUCGUCGUAGUCUUGUCUAAGUGUAACAUGCAGGAUCCCGACAUUCGGCUGUGCUACUACUGCGUGAUUACACAGCACAUUACAAUCUGCAGCACAUUACAGUCUGCAGCACAUUACAAUCUGUAGCACAUUACAAUCUGCUUGUUGCCGUUCUGCAUUGACAAGCUGCCUAUGCAGGCCAGAGCUUCAUUGAUCCCUGGCCAAAGAGGAACGCUAAGCUCCGAAAUCCG